CAGAAUUUUCGAUUCCAACAUUAACAGGUGUAUAAAAGAAUUCGUCGUUGGACAGUAGGGUCAGAGUUGGUCAAAGCUAUCAGUCCUGGUGAAUUGACUUUUCUUGCGUUGCUGCCAUUGGUUAUCCUAUCUCCAGCAUCCUUUCUAUACUGAAUUGAGCAUAUAGAGUGCUUUCAUAUUAUAAGUGUCAGUGAGAAGUUAAAUCCGUUUCGUUGUAUUUCGAGUUGAGGUCUACAUCAGUGAAAAGUUCAUCAUCAAAAUUCAUCAUCGAAACAUCCUUUAACAGAAUUAAGUUAUGGCAUCAUCAAUGGUAGAAGUACAAAGCCCCAACACUCGUUUCACUGACAAAUAUAUUGAAGCAGAUUACAAAUAUGAUACCUGCAUUGUAGAGAAAGAAAAAGGAUCAGUGAAAGUAAUUCCAAGGACAACUCGAGUUCAAUUCCGUACUUCAAGACAUGUUCCGAAACUUGGGGUGAUGCUCGUAGGAUGGGGUGGUAACAAUGGCUCCACCAUUACUGGGUCCGUCUUGGCUAACAAGCAUAAUAUCACUUGGCAGACCAAAGAUGGAGUCAAAAAGCCCAAUUAUUUUGGCUCCCUGAUACAAGCUGGAACGAUCUGUCUUGGAACUUCCGAAUCCUCAGGUGAAGUUCAUGUUCCAUUCAAGGAUGUCCUUCCUCUUGUCAACCCCAAUGACAUUAUCUUCGGAGGAUGGGACAUCUCAUCUCGCAACUUGGCCGAAGCCAUGGAACGAGCUAGAGUACUUGAUUAUGAUCUUCAGAGGCAGCUGAAGCCUCUGAUGGAAAGCAUGGUGCCCCUUCCGGCCGUUUACGACAAAGAUUUUAUUGCAGCCAAUCAGGAAUCAAGGGCUGACAACGUCAUCAGUGGGACCAAACAACAACAAAUGGACACUAUUCGCAAACAGAUCCGUGAAUUCAAAGAAAAGAACAAAGUGGGAAAGGUGAUAGUGUUAUGGACAGCCAACACAGAACGCUUCUGUGACAUCAGAGAAGGAUUGAACGACACAACAGCAAACUUGCUAAAGUCUAUUAAAGAAAAUGCGUCUGAAGUAUCGCCCUCAACACUAUAUGCUGUUGCCAGCAUACUUGAAGAUUGUGCGUAUAUCAACGGAUCGCCACAGAAUACUUUCGUUCCUGGGGUGAUAGAACUCGCAGAAAAGAACAACGUCAUGAUUGGUGGGGACGAUUUCAAGUCAGGACAGACCAAGUUCAAAUCUGUCCUGGUAGAUUUCUUGAUCGGCGCAGGAAUCAAGCCGGUUUCUAUCGUCAGUUAUAACCACUUGGGAAACAACGAUGGAAAAAACCUGUCAGCCCCUCAGCAGUUCCGCUCCAAAGAAAUCUCGAAAAGCAAUGUUGUUGAUGACAUGGUAGCCUCUAAUUCAGUUCUCUAUGAGGCUGGAGAGAAGCCUGACCAUUGUGUCGUAAUCAAAUAUGUCCCUUACGUCGGUGACAGCAAGAGGGCACUAGACGAGUACACCUCUGAGAUCAUGAUGAACGGCAAGAACACAAUUGUAGUUCACAACACUUGUGAAGAUUCCCUCUUGGCUUCUCCAUUGAUCCUGGACCUAAUCAUCCUCACCGAACUCUGCCAAAGGAUCUCUUUCAGAGUCCUCAGCAGCACCUCAACAGCCUUCCAGCCUUUCCACUCAGUUCUAUCCAUCCUCAGCUACCUUUGCAAGGCCCCCUUGGUACCUAGGGGCGCACCUGUUGUGAAUGCCCUGGCAAGACAACGCUCCUGCAUCGAGAAUCUCUUCAGGGGCGUCUUGGGACUUCCCCCGGUCAACCAUCUGGAUCUUGAGCAUAAGUUGAGCGAUUCAUCUGUGUGGUGCACUGAAGCACCAGAAAAAGUUCGACCAGCAGAACUGGAGUUUAUGAAGGGAAAAUCAGAAGGUUUCCUCACCGAUCGUCUUGUGGAAAACAUUGUCUUAUCAACAAUUCCAAAAGCAAUUCACUAGCAGAACAGCAUUUAAAUUUAGGGGGUUAGAAGGAGGACUUUCUGUACUUAUUUGUGUAUUUUAUUUAUGUAUCUACAUCUGUAUGUAUGUUAUGUAUAUUUCAUGUACUUUAGUAUUCUGGUGAUCCCAAGCUCAGAUGAGCUAAUUAAGUUUUCUAGUCUUUUUAAAGGUUAUUUGAAAUUCAGAAAACUUUAUAUUUAUAAAAACUGUCGAGUGAUGGAAAUUUAAAAAAGUAUUUUUGCAACAUAUUUUUUAAGGAUAAAAAUAUGUAUUUAAAUACAUACAUAUAUUUAAAGAAAAUUCCAUUUGAGGAACAAAUUCUUACAACAAUGUUAUCCCAUCUUUUUUAGUCAACAAACAGUAUUUUCUGUUUAAGCUAACACUCAUACUAUUAUCUUUUUUGAAACAUUAGUUAAUUUUUUUUGAAAAUGGAAAGAUUAUAUUUCUCAAACGUAAGUCUCACAAUUUAUUAACAAUCGGAAAUUUUUUUAAGCUAUAAUGUGUUUCUGUUAAUAUUUUAUCAAAUUGACAGUUAAAUGUAUAAAACAUAUGUAUUUAUAAUCCUCUUCCAACCGAAAUACAUUGAUUUUUUAAUAGACCAAUUCGUUUCUUAUCGCAGUUAGAUGAUAAUCUGUAAAGUCUAGGUUAAAUAUUUUAAUCAUAAUUUAUUAAUGAUGAUUUUUAAAGCAGGCAAAAAAAAAAAAAAAAAGCGACACAUGUCAACCAAAUGCAUUUAAAAUUGUUGUGUUGUGUAGAAUGUAGUUGAUUAUUUAUUGUGCAAUUGCAUUUGUAUUUUAUUUUUAAUUAUAUUGUCUUUCAUAAGGACUUUUUAAUACUUCAAUAAAGUAUUUUCU